AAUUGUCAGGUUGUUGGGUUCGGAGGUUCAUAUCACAUUCCCUUUUCUCAGCAGUAGGGAAGUAAUGUACUUGCAGGUUCCGUGAACAUUAGUCACCGCACGACCAUCAUACGGUAACUGUUGCUUGUGGCUUUUACCGUAGUUGCGAUUCUAUGUUCCUUCAGGAACAUCCGCUUCUUCCUUCAACAACGUUCACCAGUAUCCAUUGUUCCUGACAUUUUCCGUAUCAGCUAUGAUCACGUUCCACACGGUUCCCUAUUCAAAUCGAUACAACCGCUUCUCUUAGUAAAUUAUACAGCUCGAAUUCUUCUAAUUCGACUAGCGUGGCCCUCAAUGAAGCCUCUAAGCGUUCAGAUGCCGUCGGAUUACGUGGAAGACGAGGAACCUUCGCCGGCCUUUCCUCAGACCAGCCUAAUCCGUCGAGACGGGGACGACGAAUCCCAUUUCAACGCCAACAAUUCCAGGCUUAAUCCCCCCGAGCCGCCUUCUAAAGCCUGUCUAAUAGGCCUAACAAUCUUCGUCUGUCUCUUAGUCGUUCUCGCGGUACUAAUAGCCGUUUGGGGCUUCAGGCCAGCGGCCCCUGCGGCGGGAGAUGCGCUGAUGCAGGCGGAGGAGAAGCAGGACGACUCGAGCGGAAGUGGCUCCGCGAGAGGCGGGCAGGCUCCGCCGCCGGCUCCGCCGCUGCACGACUACAAGGCGGCUUUAAAGCUUUCUCUGGACUUCUUCGACGCGCAGAAGAGCGGCGACCUGUCGCAAACCCCUCACCCCCCCUGGCGCAACAGCUCCCACCUGACAGACGGCAAGGAGGCAGGGCGAGACCUGGCAGGGGGCUACUACGUGGACGGGGGGGGAGUGAAGCACACGGGGAAGAUGGCUUUCGCUAUGAGCAUGCUCGCUUGGAGCAUAGUGGAGUACGAUGCUGAGCUCGACACUACAGGGUUCAAGCAGCGCGCGAUAGAUCUGCUCAAGUGGGGCGCUGACUGGCUACUCAAAGCAGACGUGGGGAGGGGAUGCGUGGUGGCCCAAGUUGGGGACUCUGCCGCCCAGAAUGAGUGCUGGCAGCGGCCGGAGGACGACUCUGCCGCCCGGCCCGUGUACACUGUGGUGGGGGGGGAGGGGCCGGGGGCGGAAGUUCUUGGCGACUUGGCUGCUGCAUUUGCUGCAGCCUCGCACGUGUUUGGCGAGUUCGACCCUGGCUACGCUGCAUUGCUGAGAGACCAUGCCUCGAUGCUCUUCACUGUGGCGUCCUCCACUGCCACCACGGACGACACGGCCCCUCCAGGGGCUCAGCCCUACCACCCAUCAUCCCAAUCCUCGCCUGACUUCCACGAUGAGCUGCUCUGGGCCGCCGCAUGGCUGUGGCGCACCACCAUGUCAGACCCCCUGCAUCAGUACUUGCUCAAGCCCCAGCUGGCCUCUCUCCCCUACUCCCUGUCCUUCACCCACGCCAACAAGUCGGCUGGUGCUGCGGUGCUGCUGGCGUCGUUCGUGCUGGGACCCAUGGAGGAGGAGGACGAGCGCACCACGCAGGCGUACGGGGCUGACGUCAUCUUCCGAUUCCAGAAGCUGGUGGAAGCUUCCAUGUGCUCCUCUGUUGCUGAUGCGCCAUCCACGACUACGGCCGAAACACUGGCGAGAAACAUGCCCAGAACUCCGGGCGGGCUCUUAUGGCUGGAUGACUCGGAGCCGCUGCAUGCAGCAGUGCAGGCAGCCUUUUUAUUGAAGACGUAUUCUCGCUUCCUCAAAGCGGGAGCAGAGGAUGAGGGGCCGUGUAGUGGGGUGUCGCCGCGUGCACUGGCUACACUAGCACGGUCCCAGGUUGACUACCUUCUAGGGUCUAAUUCGCAGCAGUUCAGCUACAUGGUGGGCUUUGACGAUAAAUACCCCAAGUUUGUGCGUCAUCGAGGAGCGUCGAUUCCAUCCCUGGCAUCCGAUCCAACGGUGUACACGUGCUCGUCGGGGCAACAAUGGCUGCAGAGCAGCUCACCCAACCCCAACAUACUUUCAGGUGUACAACCAAUGUUUGGUGAUUUUAUUGCUGCCAAAGGAUGGUGCAUCAUGGAGCUGUGGUAGGAGGACCUGACAACCAUGAGGAGUUCAAUGACUCAAGAGACAAUCGCCUAAACGAGCCUGCUCUUUACAUAAAUGCAGCCUUGGUAGGCCUGCUUGCUUCGUUCAGUAGUCCAUGACGUGGGAAAGACAAUCUCAACCGAUCAAUUUGUAAGCCAUCUGGAGACAUAUGGUGGCGGUCAUUGGGAUGUGGCAUGCAGAUUGUAACCCAUAUUUAUCAUUUAUCUGCUGUGCGUUGAUCACGAGCAAUU